AGAAAAACCUUGGUAGACCCUUCGAUCUCCAUAGCCCACAGACACUGAUAGAUGGGCAUUUUUAAUCCCUAAUAGUAGCAAGUUAUGAAUGUUAUGAGAACCUAUUAUAAAUGUCUAGACUCGAUUACUGAUCAAAAAUCAAAUUCGAAAUCUAAGCACCAUAAAACAUAAAUGUCAACAUUGUUUAAAUGUGUUUAACUAGAACAAGUUUUGUAUUUGGUUGUUUUUGUUGGAAUAUGUGUACGAUCUCCCCCGACACCGACGGCAGAUCCCUCGCGUCGCAGCGACUCUAGAAGCGCUCGCCGCCAAAACCACGUGAUACGGCGCUGAGCUCGGCGGCGCUCUCCGCUCGCCGCCUCACUCUCUACGAGAUAGUCGAGCUGCACGCACGCCUUCGGCUCUUGUCCCGCUCUGUCUAAGUUUAACCUUUAAUAAUAAAGUUACGCUACGCUCUAUUACUUGAUACUCUGUCUUUGCUUCUUUAUUUCGUGCCACCUUAUCGCGUCAGGAUCCUUAUAUACCGACAGGUUAUGGGCCCAGCACGCUUCCACUGCGCGAAUUAGUGAAAAGUGACACGAAAAAAAAAAAAAAUAGAAGAAAAGCCAAGAGAAGUCGAGACGAGUUGACACCUGUACAAAGACACGAGAACGACAUAAGCCGAGAGACAAAAGAAGGAAGUCACGCAGCCAACAAGCAACACGCCCCGCUGUCCAGAGCCUGAAGGUCAGCACUCGAUUCCCUGGUAAACGGUGAACCAAACAAAGGCAAAAGUCACGAUGGCCGGAAAAUCCUACAAAUGGGCAAACCCGCAAACUGCACCACGUAGCACAAGUACUGACUGGGAUGACAUACGCGCCAAGAUUCUGGAGUACUACGACCUGAAGGACAAAGAACCAAAUGAGAGUUUCUAUCUUCAACUCUACGGCGGAGGCGUUUGGUUAAUGAAUUCUAGGGACGAAACACUCCAACUAGACAUGAACAUCCUCAGUUUGGAAGAAGCAGCCAGACUCCUGGAAGUGUUGAAAGCUACAGAGGAUCGAGUGGUAGGGUUGAGAGGACCCGUAAGCCACUACAGCGACGCAGGGAGAGCAGGAGCCACUACGUCCACGCCCAGGGAUGACGACCAGACAUACAGCAUGAAUGAGAUCACCAAGCUGUUGCGUGAGAGCACCCUGACUCAAGUCAAGCUCAGCGAAAGGCUGGUAGAAGGAAUGAAGUCCCUCGUGGAGGAGAAUGCUAAGAUGAAUCAAAACUUCGAAAGGUUCACAACCAAGAUCAGCGGAGAUGUACAGCAACUGAUGAGGUCCGUUGAUAGUCUGAAGCUCAGAGGGCAGGAUGGACAGGCAGUAAAAGAUUGGCAGGAGAAGCCAACUCUUUCAGCCAACAACAAGCCAAGCAUCGUCAGCUGUACACGCCCGGCAGAACCGAUCAAGCUGCAUCCACGAGGACGCGGACGUGGCUUUCGACCAGCAAACUGCAAUCCGCUCACGCUCUUGGCUCCUGGACCAAGGGAGUUCGGACCUGCUGAACCCAGGUGCUCGUCCACACUAGUGGCCGACUCGUACGAAUGGAACGAGAAAAAUGAAGUAAGGAGAGAACAGUCGCCAUAUAAAGAUUGGCGCGUUGAAUCCGCCGAACGUCUUGGAAUCGCGCUCGACGAUUUGAAUGUAAGUAGACGUUUUUCUGAUCAAGACUUAACGCAACUGAAUAAGCUGAAUUUGUUCAAGUCAAUGAACUCAGGUAACACGAGUAUAAAUGACGCAAAAUUGAAACAGAUUAACAUCACGCGAAUGUACAAGUUAAAAUUAGAUUCGGAAUUUGCCCCCUUUGAGGAUUUCUUAUUCUCAGAGCUAAAGUCGCGAAAACUGUUCUACGUCUUCGAAAAGAACAAUCAAAGUCUGAUCUGUCCAGAUGAACUCGAACACGAUAAGAAUAUCAUACGCGAGAUAAUUCUGAACAGAAUUGAUGAUAAGUAUCACCUAUACACGAUGAACAUAAAAGAUCCAGUUGAAUUACUGGAUAAGAUUAAAGAAAUUAAAAAGAAUGAAUUGAGAAUUAAUGCUCAUACAGCCCAGAAACGACUCUUCAACUUAAAGCUCAACAAAGAUAAAGAAACGGCCUUUAACUUCUGCUUGAGGUUUGAAGACCUCGUAAGAAAGUAUGAAAGUAAUGAAGGAAUAGAAAAAAUGAGCGAUACGGCAAAGAAAAGUCUACUGUUCAACGCAGUAGAGCAAGCCUACCCAGAGAUCAUUACGACAGAGAACGUUGCAAGCCAUGGUACGGGUAGGAAAUAUACUUACAAUGAACUAAAAGAUUUAAUUUUCCAGAUUGACAACUCGAAGCAGAGAACCCCAGAAAAAUCAGCCCUGCUCGGAUUCGCAGAGGAAAGAAACCGUUCCUCUGAUGAAAGACCCAAAAGUAGGGAAAGGCCCAACAAACGGUGCGAGCGAUGUGGUAGCACGGCGCACUUGUCCAAGGACUGCAAGCACGACGAGCCUAAGUGCUUUAACUGCAAUAAGUUCGGGCACAUAGCCGUAGACUGCAGUGAACCACGGAAAGGGCCACCACGAAAGAGAGCGACUGAUCGCAACAGAAGUAUCUCUCCAAAGAGAAAGCAGAGGAGAGAGCAUAGCAGAUCUCGAUCAAAGUCACCUUUCAGACGACCUGGCACUCCUGCAAAAGAAUAACUAAGGGUCAGCCUGGAAACGAUGUCGAGGACAAUCGGGAGGGAGUGUUGGAAUAUGUGUACGAUCUCCCCCGACACCGACGGCAGAUCCCUCGCGUCGCAGCGACUCUAGAAGCGCUCGCCGCCAAAACCACGUGAUACGGCGCUGAGCUCGGCGGCGCUCUCCGCUCGCCGCCUCACUCUCUACGAGAUAGUCGAGCUGCACGCACGCCUUCGGCUCUUGUCCUGCUCUGUCUAAGUUUAACCUUUAAUAAUAAAG